ACCCGCACGAAAGUUUCAUCACUUCGGAAAUGAUGUAGAGCUGAUGAACCACAUUGGGAGGAAACCAUUUUCAGAUCUCUUCAACAUUCCUGGUACCUUGCUUCAUAGUACAUUGAAUGCGGCUGCUUGGGACUCACGGGCUACUGAUCUGCCAAGCCAGCCUCGCCACUCACAUACAGACCCUUUGGAACUCCCAAAAGGCUGCGACCCUUGCAGAGUAUUUUAUCAAAAGUUUGUUAUGCUUUCGAAUGAAGGACGGGCUUCCCUUGAAUUUGCCACUAGGGAACAGGGGUGCCCGCUAUGGCGCAUGGCCAGGCGCCUUCGCAUAACUGCAUCAAAUGUGAAGCGGGUUCCUAAAAGGGAAAGCACUGAUCCCUCGAAAGCUGUUUCUGCGCUUUCAAAUCCAGGCUAUACCGGUAAUGCUGCCACAAAGCAUGGGCUGAAGUAUGAAGCCAUUGCAAGAGUAGCAUUUACGAGGAAGACUGGUUUGGCUGUGGCGCAGUCGGGUAUGGUAGUGAGCAGUACACAUCCUUGGCUGUCUGCAAGCCCUGAUGGCAUCUGUGCUGAUGAUGCUCUAGUUGAGAUCAAGUGUCCCACGGUGUCAGAUUGCACGGUAUUAAUUGAAAAGGGAAAGUAUGACGUUAAGCUUGUGAAUGGGGAACCUGUGCUUUGUCCAGGUGGCAAAAAUGGUUAUUAUGACCAAGUGCAGUUUAGCAUGUUUUGCUGUGGCAAAACCACCUGCUAUUUUUAUGUGUGGUCGGCUGAAAGUGAUGUCAUUGUAAAUGUGCCUAUUGACACACGGUACAUUGAACAGAACUUGAAGAGGCUCAAAACAUUCUACUUUUUGCAUCUCCUGCCUCACCUUGAGGACCUACAUUAUAAGAAAAAGCUGGCUAUGUGCAAUAAGUAUGACGAGAUUUGCGAUUUGUGA